CAGCUCUGGCACAUGCGCAGUAGCAGGUUUCUAUUAGCAACCACUGGUAAACAGUAUCAUAGCCUUUAGACCACCAACCUACUUUCUAACUCUGUAACUCAAUGUUUCUUGCUUUCUUGGCUUGGGUAUCACCUUCUGUUGACAAUUAAUCAUUAACUUGACAUAUACCAGGCAUUAGUUUGUAUGUAGAAUUGUAAGUUCCCUGGUAAAUUCAAGAUCAAACUGACCUCCUAGUUGAUUAUUACAGACAGCAGGAUAGUCAAUUAAGUGUGUGUGUUGUAUGGAUUAUAAUUAGAGAAUCUGUAAAAUGACUCUCAUUAAACUAGUUUAAUCAGUGAAUUAUUAGAUAUAUGUGAUAGAUUAAAAGUUGCUUUAAUUUUUUGUUAUGGCGAAAAUUUUAAUCAAAACUGGAUAGUAUCUAAUGUGAGAAAAACAAUAUGGCGGAUUAUCAUGGACAAUAUUUGGAUAGGAUGUGUAGACUCUGCGGUAAGAGCACAAACAUUUCAUCAAAUAGCAAAAAGAGACCUCCAAUGUUAUGUAAGUACUUCAAAGAGAGAAUUUUAGAGCAUUAUAGCAUUGAUAUUUCAAUUGAUGAUGAUAAAAUACAUACUCAGAAAAUAUUCCAAAGCUGUGUUAACACAAUGCUAAAUUCAGAAAAGAAAGGAGCUAAUAGGCCACAUGUUCCUCAAGAAUUUUUCAAAUAUGUUGAGCAUUGUACUGAGGACUGUAUUGUUUGUAAAGUAAACAUAGAAGCAAGUAGACCAGGCCGAAAAAAAGAAAGCAAAAAGGGGAAGACCAAUGGCACAGGUUGAACCUUCUCAUAAACAUAUCGGCACAUCCCCAAUGGUUCAAAAGACACCUAAGUCAGUAACUCUCGAGGAAGCCCAAAAAAGAAAUUUAAAUUCACCCCUAAACAAAUCUGAAGAAGACAUUGACAAGAUUUGCAAAG